GUAUAUUUAUGACUCCAAUGAUUCUCGUACGUACAACGGACAGUUGACAGAAUUUGUGGUUUGUUUUUGUUGUUUCCAUUUAAAAUUAACGUAAUAAAAUAAGUGAAGUGGUGUGUUGGGCGAAAAUGGGAACAGUGACAUAUGGGAUGUGUGAAAUAUAUAAUAAUAACAAUUAAAUCGCGUGCUCGUCUUUCCGGAAUUAUUAUUCAAGUUGAAUUGGUGUAAAGUGUAGCAGAGUAUCGCUUGAAUUUCAAUUGCACAUCCACGUUCCAUAUAGUGAUGAAAUUCGUUUGAAAUAAGAUGGUCGGAAGAAGAGGAGCCCUAGAUUCCAAAUUAAUUAUAAAAAAGUUGAUUUCACACAGAGAAAAUGUAUUGCUUAAACUUGGAGUUCCAAGUGAUGACAUAUGGAAGAGAAAAUAUCUCCAAAAGCUUUGUACACUUUCGUUCGACGAAACAGCGACGGUUGUUGGAAUUAUUUGGAGUUAUCCGAAAUUAAUUUCAAUCGUAAAAAAAAGUUGAUUAGUGAAAACAAUGAUUUCGUAAACGAGGUGCUGAUAACAUUAAAUUUAGAUCCUUCAACAGUAAUAUCACUAAUUGAUUUAGAAAAUCUAAAGAUGAAUCCAGGAUGGGGUGACAAACUUUUGACUUUAUUGGAUGGUUAUGAUGCAGCUAAAAAUUGUAUUUGGGCUUUCGAGAAACAUCAUUUUGGAGUAGACAUAUUUUUAAAAAUUUUCGGAAGAUGUGAAGAAUGUAAUGCUUCGAUGGUUGGAAUUAUUUAUAACAGAAAAACUGAAGAUGAAUCCUUAAAGUUAUACAUGAAAAUAACACAUAUAAAUUAUGAUUUGCAUACAGGAGAUGAAGUAAGAACACAGACAGGACCGAGAAGAAAAAAAAUUGAUGCUAUAUUAAGUUCAGACUCUAUGCCCCUCCAACAGCGCUUGACAGCAAUUGCGAGCACAAGCACCAUUCACGAACAGGAAAAACCAAUACCAACGUUGAAGAGUCAACCGUUAUCCCCAACCAAAUUGAAGGUCACUAGACAGUCCACUUUGAAACCACAGCUGACACAGCCUAAAGUUACAGAAGAAGUCCAGAAGUCUGUAAAGGAAGAGAUCUGCCUAAAAUGGAACACGCACCAUACAAAUAUGCAGACUGCCUUUCCAGCUUUACUGAAUAAAGAACAGUAUUGUGAUGUCACUUUGGUAGCAGAAGGCAUAUCUUUGAAGUGUCAUAAGCUGAUACUUUCCUCAUGCAGUUCUUACUUCGAUGAAGUUCUAGAGAAAGUAAACCCCUACCAACAUCCCAUCAUUUUCAUGAAAGACAUUCCAUUCAACAUCAUGAAAGCCUUAUGUGAUUUCAUGUAUGUUGGUGAGGUUAACAUAGUGCAGAAUGAUUUGGAUCAAAUACUUGCUGUGGGAGAGUCAUUAAAAAUAAAAGGCCUGGCCAACAAAUCUGGCGUUGAUAAAAGCAAUAAUAACAACAACCAUGCAGAUACAAGUGAGCCUCAAAAGGUACCCAUGAAAUCUUCUAGAACCUCAACAAAACCUUCACUCCCAGAGAAAAACGUUUCUGUUAACGAUGUCGACAUAACAGACCCCUUGGAUUUGAUGGAACCAACCUAUGAAGAAGCAGCCACUCCUGAUAUUCCUCCACCAGUUCUCAAAAGAAACGAUCAACAAACUAGAAAAUCUACUGGUAGAAGGGUCAGGAAAAGGAAGCACAUAGAAGAUGACCAUGAACCUUCUCCACCAGUAUUCCGUCUAAGAAAAGGUACAAGGUCUAGACCGAAUGUGAAAGUUCCACGUUACUUUAACGCCAAUUUCGAUAACUCUGUACCAGCAUCCACCCAGGAAACUUCAGAAUUUUUGGAAACAAAUCAGGCUGAGGAAUCAUUUGUCGACCCUUACAUGAACAUUUUGGAACAAAUUAAAACUGAACCGUUAGAUAUUGAAGAUAGUUUUAUCACUUUCGAAGAGAAUACAUUCAAUCAUGAAAUGUCGAAUAUAGAAUCUGAGAUUGAGCAAUAUGGUACUGUACACGAAAUUCAAGAAACUCAAAAAGAAAUUAAACUAAAAAAAAAAACAUCUAAAAGAAAAAUGAAGGGGGAAUUAGAAAAACCAGAUCCAUUGAAUAUUGAUCAUAACUUGGAACGACAUGAAGAAGUAGGGGAUACAACAGUACCUGAGAGCAUUGAAAUACAACCUCAAGGCAUUAACAGAAGAGAAAGACUUGUGGAUAACUAUGUUACUGGAGAAUGUAGUGAUACAUAUCAUAUGGAAAUAGAGAAUGGUGAAAGAGAAGAAAUGCAUCUUGAAAAAACUGAUGUAGAGAAUGGACAUUAUGAGAAGAUAAUAGAUGAAAGUGCAAAUCUGGUAAAAAAUCAACUAUCUAAUAGUGACAAGGAAACAGUAGGUGAAGAAAUGGAAAGAAUUGAGACUUGUAUAGAGAAUAAUGAAACUGAUGAAACACAAACAGAAAAUCCAAUUGAAGAAGAAGAAAUAGCUCAGAAUAGUACUCAAAAUAAUUGUGAAAUAGAUAUGUCCCAAGUAGAAGAAAAUCAUACAGAGGAAAUGCAAAUUAGUCAUAAUGAUUUUCCUGGAAUAAGAAUCGAAUGUAGUUACACUGAUACUAUCCAAGAGGAGAAAAUAGAAUUCAAUGACGAAAAUGAAAUUGCAGUAGAUAAUAAGGAGGAAAAUAAUGGCCAAGAAAAGAGUAACAGUCAUUCAGUGGAAAAACAAAAUGAUGUCAAUGAUAGAACAGCUGAAAACAGUCAUGUGGAUACUAGCUAUAUACCAGAUUCAGAAACCUUGAUGGUUGCGCAGACUAGUGCUGGAAAAUUGGAUUCAAGCCAAGAUAAACCUUGUACAGUUCGGAAUAUACCAACUCUCGAGGAAAAUUCCAUUGAUGAUGUCUCUCUUCAUUUACCCGAAAGAUGUAAUAGCAGUGAAGUUUCAAGUUCAACAGUGAAAGAUUCUUAAAAAAAAAAGAUUGAAAUAUUGAUAAUGUACAAAAUGA